AUGUCUCGCGCUCCUUCAUUGCGCCCGAUUGCGGCGGCAGUGUUGCCGCAUGGCACCGCAAAGAAGUCUCUAACAUGCGCCGCAAAGCCGCUGGCUGCACAGAUAUUCCGACAAUAUGCGACACAGCCUUCGAGGAGCAAGACAAUGAGGGAAAUGGACCGUGCAGCUCGCGCAGGCUCCAGCAGGAUGACCAAAGAGCAGAGCAUCUCACAGCUGCAAAAGAUGGCAAACGCAGAAUACUUCAAAGACGGAGGGGGGCCACUAUUUCCAGGCACAUUCGUAUCGCUGCCGCUGUCUCGCCUUCCACUAUCUCCUGCCGAUUUUGCGCAGUAUCAAUGGAACAGAUUACGGCAUUGGACUAUCGAAACCGUCUCGCUGCUCAACUUCAAGCUAAAGUCCAUGCCCAAUUGGACCACCCGGCCGCAAUGGAAGGCUCGCCGUGGCAAGAUUGCGCCCACUGCCAAGGCUUUAUACCAGGAGGUUCUGGAGGCUUUUGCCGCGGGGGAUAAAGCAACUCUGGAGAGGAUCUGCGUGAGUGACUUUGCAAAGAAGCUCAUGGCGGCCAUUGACCGGCGGAAUCCCCGAGAGCGGGUUCACUUCGAAGUGACCAAAUACAAUAGCUCGCUCUUCUAUCCCAAGCGGAUAGCGCAUCAGAUCCACCAAAUUAACGUGUACGACAAGAACCUCAUGACUGAGCAAGCAGUGGUCGCCAUUUCAUCCACGCAGCAAGUAUCGCGCUACGAUGCAUCAACGGGAGAAACCAUUCCUGGGAGUGUCAAGAUCCAAGACAAGGUGGAAUAUGUGGUGCUCUCAAGGCAGGUCAGCGCCGUCACCUUUGAACCGGACUCUUGGAGGGUGUGGGGCACGACAGCCCCUACCACUUUGGACGCGUUUCGAGAGGAGCAAGAUGCCAUCGAUAAAGAGCAGGCUAGGCGUGCCGGGUGGAAGCCGGCGUCUAAGUAG